AUGAUCAUUAAUAAGAACAUAAAGUUUAUUAAAAACACAGUUCAUAAAACUACAAGAAAAUAUACAACUAACAACAACAUAAAGCAAGGAAUUUUGGUACCAAAGUCAUACACGUCAAAAGCGAGUAUAUACGAUUAUAAUAUAACUAAAAUUAUACAAAAAAGAUUUACAUCCAAGUGCUUUCUAUCACUAGCUUUAAUAAACCCGAUAAGGAAAGAAACUCUAUAA